AUGGCGCAAUUACUAUGCGCUGCCACUCGCGCGGACGGCUUGCUGCACAACUACGACGAACGCGUGUCGCUAAUAAACGGCUUUGGGCUGCCAAACGUCGAUUACAAAACCAUCAGCAAGCAUUUGGCCAGUCCGCAGGAUACUCUAAAAUUACCUGGCGGUGAUGUGGCCCGGUAUAUGCACCAGCAGCUCAGCAGUGUCGAGCGGCGCAUGACGCGCCUGUCGUCUUUCCUGGACUUCCAAUCUGAGCAGAGAAGAGAGUCGACAGCCAGUGAAAUCAAUGUGCCAGGUGGAUUUCGGCGAGAGUUCCUCGUGAAGAAAAACUUGAAUCAAAACAAGGCCCCUCCCAGCUUCCUUACGCGCAAUUUCGUCGAGUUUCUUAGCAUUUAUGGCCAGUUUGCUGGUGAGGAUUUCGACAGCGAUUCCGAAGCUGAUGAAACAGACAACGAUGACGACUCGGGUCUGCGUUUUGAGGACGUGUUUGAUGAGGAAGCACUGUUGAUGCACGAGCGUGGGAUCCCGUCAUUGCCGAGAAAGCAGCCCCGCAGAAAGAAGCAGAAACCGCAGGGCACUGCUUCGUGCGUCAAGACGUUUUUUCUUCUUUUCAAGGCAUUGGUUGGAUCCGGUAUCUUAUUCUUGCCUCGUGCGUUCUGUAAUGGCGGGCUUCUUUUCUCCACUGUCAUAAUGUCGGUGUUUGGCAUUUUGACAUAUCUUUGUUACAUCGUGCUUAUUCAAAGUAAGAAGGUUUUAGGCAAGUCUUCAUAUGGUGAGCUUGGAUACCUCACCCAUGGCAAGCCGCUCAAAUACUGCAUCAUGGUGUCAAUCAUCAUCUCGCAGAUCGGCUUUGUGGCCACGUACAUCUUGUUCACGGCUGAAAACAUGACUUCGUUUCUCGAAAGCUUCCUAAAUGUUCAGUUGAACAAGCAAGUGAUGUUUCUAGUGCAGUGCAUGCUUUUGAUUCCCCUUGCGCUCAUUCGGGACUUGGCUAAAUUGUCGUUCACGUCGUUCACCUCGUCCGUCUUUAUUUUGGUAGGACUCGUGAUCAUCUUCUACUUCUCGGGCUUGCAGCUUAUCCAAGAAGGCAUGGGCCCUCACAUUGUCAAUUUCAAUGGCAGCACGUGGUCAAUGCUCAUUGGUAUUGCCGUGACGUCUUUCGAGGGCAUUGGGCUUAUAUUACCUAUCGAGGCGUCCAUGGCAAGGCCCGAGAAAUUCCCGCUUGUUCUUCUGGUUUCGAUGAUCGCCAUCACCACGCUUUUUGUUUUGAUUGGCGUGGUGGGCUAUUCAGCAUAUGGCGAGAACGUCAAGCUGAUUAUCAUUUUGAACUUGCCCCAGCUGAACGCGGCCGUGCAGCUGAUCUUGGUGCUCUACUCGAUAGCAGUCUUUUUGACGGCGCCUCUCCAACUCUUCCCUGCCAUAAAAAUUGGCGAGCUGGCCAUUUUCAACUCGUCGCUUUUUCUUUCGAAGGAACAGCGCCACACUUGUGAAGAAGGUCGGUUGUACCAAACUUCUGGCAAAUACAAUCCUCAGAUUAAGUGGAUGAAAAACUUGUUCCGUGCUAUUGUUGUUAUGGUCAUCACAGUUUUGGCCUGGGUCAAUGCGGAUAACAUUGAUAAGUUUGUCAGCUUCAACGGUUGUUUUGCGUGCAUUCCACUAGUCUAUAUCUAUCCUCCCCUUAUCCAUUUGAAGACUUUUGAACAAAACGGUCGCCAGCCGCGAGCACUCAAGAUAUUUGAUUAUGUGCUUAUAGUCGUGGGUAUCGUUGCUGUGGUUUACACAACAUAUCAAAUUUUGUUCGCCAUAGAGUGA